GCUUUUAUCUCUCUAUCGUUGGCUGUUGACAGCUGGCCGGAAGUCCUCCAGCGCUUUUUUCCUUCUAUUUAACGGAUAAAAACAAAGACUGAGAGCACAUUGGAGCGACUGCAGCCGACAAUGGAGGAAUAUCACAACGGCAGCGAGGGCUCCUUCAACUCUGAAGAAGCUGAUGGCAUUGUAAAAGAGUGUAUCGAGAGCGUGGUAGGGGCUGAUGACUACAGCCAGAGUCAGGUGAACAAAUGGACCGCCAGCAUCGUGGAGCGCUGCCUCACACAGCUGGUCAAACAGGGGAAACCGUACAAGUACAUCGUGACGUGUGCUGUGAUGCAGAAAACGGGAGCAGGCCUCCACACAGCUAACUCCUGCUACUGGGACACCGCCAUGGACGGAAGCUGCACAGUGAGAUGGGAAAACCGCACCAUGUACUGUGUGGUCAGUGUGUUUGCGGUGGCUAUCGCAUAGGACACACACACGCACAAACGACCACCACAACCACCAUCCGAAGAGUGCAGUGUGGUCCUGUGAACAGCAGGGGCCACCAAGUGCCACAGAGUCCACAUCCAAACAGCCGCGUGUCCACCUGGAAGCUUUCAGCUCUGAGGAAAAGCUGCAGGAAACAAUACGGCUGUAUUUUCUUGUUUUCAGCCUUCAGAUGCAUGUAAACAUCAUCGUCUUAAUGUAUUUAUCUUCUCAUGUCACUGCAGUGCUUUAAUAAUGUCGUAUUUCUCACUCACUGAGGCCUGACGGCACGCAGCAGCAUUCUACUGGAUUCUUCUUUUGUUCUCUGAUGUUCAUUAUGUGUAUCACGCCAACAAGAGAAAGCGAGGGUUUUGUAUUUGGAGCUGCAGGAAAAUAAACGUGAAGAGAUUUAUGAGCAAACAUUGCGAGGCCUUCUUGAUUUUAAGGCGUGCUAGAAAGUUUAGCAUCUGUGAAGAAAAGUAAAUGUAAAGUAAAUCGUGUAAUAGAAGAAUGGCCAAGAAAACACUGUUUGCCGAAAAAGAAUCCUAUUAAGUCUGUUUGAUUGGUAAAAAUUAUUAAUAAAAAUACAUAAUACAGACAGAGAAUUGUAUAAUCUGCUCUAAAUUCAUCCAAAUCACUCUUUUCACUCACACUUCUUGCAGUUAGUGACUUCACUGUUUGGGAUAAUUGUACAGUUUUGAAUAUAAUACGAAACAUCUAUAAAAUAUGUAAAUCAGAUUACUAAAUGAUAGAAAAGGGCUCCCCUGAGGGAAAGCUACCCGGCAGUGUAUAAAGUAAUAAAAAUAUGCACCACUUUCACCAGCUGCAACAUUAAAGUGAUGGAUACAUUAA